AUGGCGGUCUUCCUGCUAGCUGUUCUUCUGGGCACCACAGUGGCAGCACAACUGAAGGGCUAUGAUGAUGAUGAUGAUAAGAUCAUUGGAGGCUAUGACUGCCCAGCCCACUCCCAGCCCUGGCAAGUCUACUUAACAUAUGGGGAUGGCAACCGGUGGUGUGGCGGCUCCCUCAUCAAUGACCAGUGGAUCAUCUCGGCAGCCCAUUGCUACAAACCUCCUAGUACUCUUGUGGCACACCUUGGUGAGCAGGAUACCACCAGGGACGAAGGCACAGAGCAGCAUAUCCAGGUGGAAAAAGCCAUCCGGUAUCCCAAGUACAACGCCCGCACUACCGACAACGAUAUCAUGCUGAUCAAGCUCUCUGUGCCAGCCCAGUUCAACAAUUUCGUCCAGCCCGUGCCAAUUUCUCCAAACUGCCCAGUAACUGGGGCCAACUGUCUUGUCUCAGGAUGGGGGAACCUGCUGACAUCGGGAGUUGAGUACCCCAAUGUCCUGCAGUGUCUGAACGUGCCCAUUAUCUCGCCUUCUGCCUGUCAGACCUCUUAUCCUGGCCGCAUCACUUCUAACAUGUUCUGUGCCGGCUACUUAGAAGGAGGCAAAGACUCCUGUCAGGGAGACUCUGGUGGACCGCUGGUGUGUGACGGACAACUGACCGGCGUCGUGUCCUGGGGUGCUGGAUGUGCAGAGAGAAACUAUCCCGGCGUGUACACCACUGUGUGCAAUUACAGAUCCUGGAUCGAAGAAGUGAUUGCAAACAACUGAGAUGAUUUCCCUUCUUCCAAAGGAUGUGGUUAACUCUGGCGGUUUUCCUUGCAACAACAACCCCCCCCGAAAAAACACCCUGUUUUGCUUAAAAUAACAUACAAACACAGAUGCAGCCCAGACUUAAACUAGGUCCAGAAUACUCAUUCCUUCACUCCAGAGAAUCUUGAGAAAGAUAGCUUCAUGUGGGAGAGGCUGGAGAUUCUUAGCACAAAACUACAUUUCCCAUGAGUUUGCCAUGCAGGGGAUGAGAGGAGGAAUUUACAUGAUGCUCUUCUGUUAAAAAUAAAGUAUUUGUACCAACCCCUC